UGUCAACUUCACAUCCUCAGCUUAGCGGUGAGCACCAGUCUCGGUUUGACAUACGGUGGAUGCGCUGGCCCUCCUUUGAACACUAUGAAUGAAGAGGUUCCCCAGUGGAUUUUUAAUUGGAUGAGCAAAAUCACGUCAGCGAAAUGGAGAGCAAUGUUUAAGAACUUGGACAUAUGUUGUUGAACAGAGGAUUGGACGAUUUGUAACUCAUAAAACCCACCCAUCAUUUCACUCAGUGGACACCAAUUACUUGGAUUAUAUCUGUCUGUCAUGGCUGGGAUGUGCAAUGAUUUAGGAAUGUUGCUCUUUGCCUGUUUGUUUGUGAUGGUUGAGUCAUCGCCAGCCAGGAGAAAUCCAAAUGAAACGCAAUUAUUCCCGAGGCGUGUCCCCCUCCAGCAGCAGGGAGCGUCUGCGCGCAUGGGCCAGGACGGUAGCGAGUCCCACAGGAGAACCAGGCGCUGCACGUGCUACUCCUACAAGGACAAGGAGUGUGUGUAUUACUGUCACCUGGAUAUCAUAUGGAUCAACACGCCUGAGCGUACUGUGCCAUAUGGCCUGUCAAAUUACCGUGGCUCUCAGAGACUGAGGCGGUCCACCGGGAGACAGACAGAGGAGGAAUUUCAGAGGUGUGCAUGUGCAGAGCAACAGGAUCAAACAUGCAACAGCUUCUGCAGAGGGCAUGGCAUUGGAAAGAGCAGUUCACAGACAUCAGUUAUGCAUCAGGUCCAGGCCAUCUUCCCUAGGCCAUCGCUAAGAGGCGAGGGACCUUGAUGAGCCGACAUGUGCUCUGACGCCCUUCUGACACAAUAUAAUGUGUGUUGGGUCAGAUACAUGGAGAGGAUUGAAUGGGCUGAUGUAUUUCACAAAAUGAUCUUCAUGGUUUAGGACGGAAAGAGGAAAAACUAGAAGAGUGCCUUGGACUCCCUUUUUGAUAAGAGGAAAAACUAUUAUUCAAAGUCGAAAAACCAAAGUAUGGAAUGCCAAUGGACGACCUGAACUGCUGGCAUUUGUUUGUGGACAAAGCCUGGCUGAAAGACAAGGACUAAAAGGCUAAAAACACCUUUUUAUCACAAUCAACCGGCAUGUGCCUCCUAAAUCCAAAGAUAAUACCUUUGAUGUCUGCAGAAUGGGAAAAUGGACUGCUUUGAGUUUGUGGACCUACCUGUUAGUGUACAUAUUGUCUCAUUGGCCAUGUGUUUUUUACAUGAAUGUGAGAAGAUCAUUUUUAAAAACAUGACAUAACAGUGUGUAAAUGUGCAGUAUAUAUAAACGAAGCUGACGGAAUUGA